GCAAGGCCGCAACGGGGAGAAGACGGUGGGCUAAAGGAAAGACGCAUUUAAAUAGGAAAUAUUGUUAAAGGAAUAAAGACAAACCAUCACUGAUACGGUUACAGUUUGCUUAAGAGUUAGUAUAAAUUGCGCGACCGCAAUGUCGGCCCAGGCUCAGAUGAGAGCUUUGCUCGACCAGUUAAUGGGGACUGCGAGGGAUGGUGAUGAAACGCGACAGCGGGUGAAGUUCACUGAUGAGCGUGUCUGCAAAAGCCACCUGUUAAACUGCUGCCCUCAUGACAUUCUCUCUGGAACCCGCAUGGAUCUAGGAGAGUGCUCAAAGAUACAUGACUUGGCUCUUCGGGCAGACUAUGAAAUUGCCUCCAAGGACAGAGAUCUCUUCUUUGAACUUGAUGCUGUGGAUCACCUGGAGUCCUUCAUUGCUGAUUGCGACAGGAGAACAGAACUGGCCAAGAAACGUCUUGCUGAAACCCAAGAGGAGAUCAGUGCAGAGGUGGCUGCAAAGGCUGAGAAGGUGCACGAGCUGAAUGAGGAGAUCGGGAAGCUGCUGGCCAAGUCAGAGCAGCUGGGAGCCGAGGGCAACGUGGACGAGGCACAGAAGGUCCUGCAGGAGGUGGAGAAAGUCAGAAGCAGGAAGAGAGAUGCAGAGGAGGAGUACAGAAACUCCAUGCCAGCCUCCAGUUUCCAGCAGCAGAAGCUCCGUGUGUGUGAAGUGUGUUCCGCCUACCUUGGUCUCCAUGACAAUGAUCGCCGACUGGCUGACCACUUUGGAGGAAAGCUGCACCUGGGCUUCAUUCAGAUUCGAGAGAAACUGGAGCAGCUAAAGAAAACGGUGGCAGAGAAGCAGGAGAGGCGAAACCAGGAGCGUCUGAAGAGGAGAGAGGAAAGGGAGCGUGAAGAGAGGAUGAGGAAGAGAGGGGAUUCUGCAUUGACUGAUACCCCAGGAGAGCUGCAUAGGGGGACUGCAUCAGGGACCAGAUCACGGAGCAGGGAGCGUAGAAGGUCUCGCUCUCGGGAGCGCAGGAGGCGGCGCUCUCGCUCGUCGUCGCGGGAGAAGCGCCGCUCGCGCUCCAGGGACCGGGAGAGACGCCGCCGGCACCGCAGCCGCUCCCGCAGCAAGGGCCACCGGCACAGCCGCGACCGCAGCCGCGACCGCGACCGCAGCUCCAGGCACAAGUCAUCGCGGGACUGUGAGCGUUCCUCCCGUGACAGGUCGCGGGAUCGGGACAGGAAGAAGAGCUCGUCGGAGCGACGGCAGGACGGGGUGAACGGGAGGAUGGACUCCCGGAGGCUAGACGAGAGGGAGGCCGGGGAGAUCUGAGGGCCUGCACUGUGACCCAUUACACUGUACAUUCACACACUUUACUACUACCAGUAACACUGACCUGCAGCCCCCACCCCUCUCAAUAAGGAUAUGUCAGCAUACCCAUUUGGUCCUGCUGUAUCAUGGCUUCUCUAGGGUGUAGGCUUUGGCUCUCAAAUCGCUGUUGUGGAUAUAUUCAGGCAGAUUGGUUUUGCACUGGGGGUAUCAUUAAUAUCUGUUUCGCAUGUUUUUCCCUUCAUUCAGAGCCUAAGCAGAGAUGCAUUUUUUUUCCAAGCAUUAGUGUUUGGAUGGUGGAAAAUAUGACUAGUAAAUGGAUGGAUUAUAUGCAGUUCAGGUUCAUCAGAUUCUGAUGUGAAUCAAUGGCUCAUUGCUUUCAGUUUUGUUUCUACUGCAGCAGAAACUGAAUUUAUCUUGGACAAGCAGUGUGAGUGCACAUUUCCUAUGGAAGAAGCAGGCAAGCUUUCCUUUUUAACUCGUAUAUGAAUAGGAUUAUUUGAAUGUGACAUGCUUGAUGUUUAAUAUACUCUUGCAUUGCUCUAAUUCCAGCCAUUUGAAGGUAUUGUGAUUGCCUUUCCACCUUUAAUAUAACUUUUGUUCUAGUUGGUCCUCUAUACACUUAAUGUUGUUUUUGUAGUGUGAGAAAGGGUGUCGGUUGUCCCAUCUGCAAAUCCUUGAACCAUCAUGUCCCAGAGAAGCUGCUUCCAGCACUGCCACGGUUUCAAGGUUUUCCUGAUUAGUCUCACUUCAGUGUGCAGCGUCCUUAACUUUGCAUUGAGAGAGUAUGCAAGUGGUCGUUUUUCUUUAUCUAC